CGCUCGCGGUCGGUCGGUCGGUCGGUUGGUUUCGCCGUUAUAUCUGAGUGCUGCGCUCGCCGGAGCAGUGGGGCAUCUCUUUCUCGUCACCUGGGACCUGUCUCCUCCGUCCGGCCUCGCCGUACAUAAGCGAGGAAGUCUCUUCCGCGUUUUCCUUUCUUUCGCCCUGCCACGCGCUGACCCGCUUCGACUCGCAGCUCUGGAACUCUACGUGUGCGCGCGGGGGCGUCUUCCGCAACUCUUUGAAGCCGGUGUGCCUUGCCGGAGAAGACUGCACUGGCUUUGCACCUAACCGCGCACGACGGACUCUGUGCGUUUGCGCGCGUACUCCUUAGUGUUCGGUGCUGGUCAGCGAGUGCUCACGCAUUUGCCCGGUGCGGACGUAUGCGCUCGGCAUCACGUCUUGGGCGCCGCCGACGUGCGAUCGAAGUUUGAUCCCUCGGCGCGGCCGUGCGUGCGUGUGUACUUCUGUGGGCUGUGCCCCGCGAAGUGGGUGCUAGUGCAUUCGUCGGGUAAUACUGUCGCCGCCGAGUUGCGUCGCCGAUGCCCUGAGUGUCACGCAUACGGUAUACCCUUGGAAUCUGUUUCUCGGUUGACGCUUCGUGAAACGUCGCCCAGGCGGGUCUCCCGAGGAUCGAGCGGUACAGCGCACUUCGAGAGUCGACGUCAUGGCUGCCGCGGUGGCAACGGUGCGAUUGCUGCUCUCCGAGUUCCUCAUGCGUGUGCUGGACCGCAUCUCCGAGUUGCUGCUGUUCGUGGCCAACCUGACCCGGCGAAGGCAGCGCGUCCAGGGGACGCGCGACCCGCUGCUGCUUGCGCCGGCCGUGGUGCUGGCAGACGCCAUACGACACGGUCGGGUGACGAGCGAAGCGGUGAUCCGCGCGUACGAGCGGCGCGUGCUCGAGGUUGACCCCGUGCUGAACGCGGUGGUGGACGAACGCUUCGAGGCCGCCGUGGACGAGGCCCGGGCAGCCGACGAGCUCGUCAGGAGGAGCUCGCCGGAAGAACUGGAGCGCACCAAGCCGCUGCUCGGGGUGCCCUUCAUCACCAAGAACUCGGUCAUGAUCAAAGGUCUUCUUGUGGACGCGGGCCUACCAGCGUGGCGGGGGGACCGCGCCGAGCGCGACGCCGAGGCCGUGAGGCUGCUGCGGGAGGCCGGUGCCAUCCCGGUGGCCACCACCAACACGCCCGAGCUGUGCCUCUGGACCGAGUCGUUCAACAAGCUGCACGGGCGCACGCACAACCCGCACGACACUCGCCGCACGGCCGGCGGAAGCAGCGGGGGCGAAGGCAGCCUGAUCUCUGCAGCGGGCGCACUCUUGGGCAUCGGUACCGACAUUGGCGGCAGCAUACGAAUCCCGUCCACCUACUGCGGCACCUUCGGCCACAUGACCACACCUGGCGUCCUGUCCUAUGACGGCCACCGGCACCCCUUCAACGACGAGUUCAUGAAGCUGUACUCGACGGGGCCCAUGACUCGCUACGCGUGCGACCUGCUGGCCAUGCUCAAGGUCAUGCUUACGCCCGAGCAACUGGCGCGCAUGCAGCUCGACAAGAAGGUCGAUCUGAGUGAGAUCAAGGUCUUCUACGCGGAUGACGAAGGGUGCAGCUUCUUCAGCCGCAUCCACCCCGACAUGCGCGAGGCAGUGCGGAAGGCAAGCAUGCACUUGAAGGAGCAGUGCGGCAUCCCUGUUGAGCCCAUCAAGCUGGAGGCCCUCUCGUGCGGCUUUGAGAUGUGGCUGUCGAAGUUCAGCGCCAGCGAGUGCGAGCCAGCGUCGCGCCUCUUCACCAACGCCGACGGCCGCCGUAUCAACCCUUUCGUCGAGACAAUGCGGAUCCUCUGCGGAAGAUCGGUGCACACUUUUCCGGCCGUCGUGUGCACCACGAUCGAGAGCGUGAUGCCGAAGCCCGACUCCGGCUACGUGCGGGGCUACCUGGCGAUGGCGAGAGACUUCCGGGAGCGCCUCCUGUCCUCGCUGGGCGAGGACGGCGUGCUCAUUUGCCCCGCGGCGCUGGGACCGGCGCCGUUCCACAACGAGCACGCCAUGCGGCCGGGGCACGUGUCGCUCACGGCGCCGGCCAACGUGGCCGGCCUGCCCAGCACGGCGGUCCCGACGGGCAUGACUUCGGACGGCCGGCCGGUUGGCGUGCAAGUGGUCGCGGCGCCCUACAUGGACAGGCUGUGCCUUGCGGUCGCGGCUGAGCUCGAGAAGGCGUUCGGAGGUUGGCAGGCGCCUUUCGAGCUUGCCUGCCGGAACGCGAAAUUGUAGAGAAGUUUGCAGCAAAUCGACGGGCAGCUGACCCUUUUGCCGCCGAUACGAUGUGCCCGUAGACACCGUGAGGCUUAUAGCGCGCGAAAAGACAAGGACGAAAGGAAGACGUGACACACACAGGCGUCUGUGUGUGUCACGUCUUCCUUUCGUCCUUGUCUUUUCACAAGCUGUAAGCCUCACGGCGUCAUACCAACAAGCCCAAAUCACUGCAUUACAACCCACAGACUCAUCUCACUUACUCUGUAUUUGCCCAGAUACAAAAAGAAAAAAAUGGGGCGUUGUCUUGCCGUCUAAGCCAAAGUUAUCAUGGGAGACGAAGACGGCCUACAGACAUGGCUGAACGGCAUCUUGUAUCACACGCACCUCUCCUACAUCUGAAAGGCCGGUUUGGACUCUUUGUGAAUAGACGAGCUUCGCAACAUUUUACCCCAUACCAUCGCAGGCCUUGAGGUCAUCCCCAUCAAUAAAGUCGGUUUUCACUACUAUUACAGAAGUAGAACAUGGAUAGACUGUGUUUCUAAGCUGCAGCAUGCAGGGCUCAGAAGUAGACCAGUUUAGUAUGCUCUAAACGUGGUGACGAUGGAAAAUGUGCGUAUUUCAUAUUUCAAAGGUAGCCACUUCACUGUAAAUGAUGGCAACGCCCGCUUGGUCCUGCAUGUUUUGGUUAUCCUUACUGUAGUCGGAAGCUACGGCACUCGGUAUGUUAUGAAAUGUGAUUGGGUCAAUACGGUAUCAACUUUUGAGCCAUGCGGAAACAUAACACAGGCGCCAUAGAUUCAUUUAUUCUGAACUUCUGUAAGUCUUAUUCCAUUUUACAUAAGCUUUAGGGAUGACAAGGAUAUUAUAAAACAUCUAAACUUGGGUGGCAGUUACCAGAAUGUAGUAAAGGGAAGGCUGGUUACCUUAAAAAUGGGAAAAUGUGCGCGCUCACGCAAGCUACUACGUUUAAAAGGCAGAAUGGCGAGUACUGGAACAAGGGAAGUUGAAAAAGACGACUGGCACAGGAGACUAUUGGAGUAAAACAUUGUCCCAUCAAACCCGUCGAGGUAGGUAAGCACCUACACAUCUACACCCUUAAUAAGGUGCAGUGGGAGGUACUGCUCGCCAGCUCGGAUCCAGGACAGCAACUAGCCCUCAUCCAACUGGUCCGGCGGGCAGCAAAGGCCAGCGGAGUCCUAGACUGAGGGCUCUGACCACAUCGACUACGACGUCUUUCAGCAAAUAAAGUUUCAUGAAUGAAUGAA